GGCCUUGUACACAUAUGAGGAUGAGAGCAAUGAUUUGACACUGGCAUCAUCAGGAGGAGGCGGUCUGGCCGAGAUCACGCUGACCUUUGACAGCGCCAGGGUGAUGUACGGCUUCUGCAGCCUGAAGGAGCCCACCGCCGCUCUGCCACGAUACAUCCUCAUCAACUGGGUGGGUGAAGAUGUGCCGGAUGCCAGGAAGUGUGCCUGUGCCAGCCACGUGGCCACCAUCGCAGACUUCUUACAGGUCAGACCUGCCACGGGCGUGGAGGUCACCGUGAACGCCAGCAGUCUGGACGACAUCGACCCGUCGGCCAUCGGCCAGCGGCUCACCAACGGGACCGCGGUGGUGGCGAGUCCGGUCCUGAGCCGCCUGAAAACCCGAGAGGAGGAGCACAGGGACGUGGGCACGGUGUACGAGAAGACCAAUGCAGAGGUGGAGAUGAAGAAAAUCAAUAGAGAGGAGUUUUGGGAGCAAGCCAAGCGCGAGGAGGAGGUGAGGAAGGAGGAGGAGAAGAAGAAGGCAGCAGAGGAGCGGCAGCGCUUCGAGGAGGAGCGCAUGGAGCUGGAGAGGAAAGAGCAGGAGAGCCGGGAGCAGCGGUACCGCGAGAGGGAGCGGCAGAUCGAGGAGCACAGGAAGAAGUUGCAGGAAGAGGAAGAGGCCAAAGAGAGGUUGCGGAGCCAGACCACCAUUGCGGCAGAGCUGAGCCUCGACGACCUGAACCUGGAUAAGAAAGAGACUGAGGUGGAGGAGGCGAAGGCCAUCAUCGCUCAGCGGUCAGGAAACCCUCGGGAGUUUUUCAAGCAGAAAGAGAGAGCCAUGACCAUCAGCGUCGACACCUCACCCGUCUCCAUCCACAGGACCGGCCGCUUGGACAGCCCGUUCUUGAAGCAGCAGCACAGUCCCAGCAGCCCCAGUCCGACCCCCCCACCCCGGGGCGCCUCGCCCCUCCGCACCCCGCCACACGCGCGGACGCAGCCCGCCGCCGCAGCCGGGGGCGAUGACGAUGAAGCAAGCACAGAGCACAACAAGGCCGCCGUGUCGCCCAUUCCCAAAAUAGUCACCACGUCCAUCAAAGAGGACAUCUGCAGGGAGGAGGACGAGGACUGCAGAGACGCCUGGGACUCGGUGCCGAAGCCGGAGCAGAAGCCGCCGGUCCAGGAGUCGGCCUCCGCCAAGCCCGUGCAGUGCGUCGCCCCGCAGGCCCGCGACUCCUCCGACUUCUCCGCGUGGGAGUCCGGGACCGACAGCCUGGUCAACCUGUGGGACGGCAGCCCCGGCCCCGCCCCCGACCCCUCCCAGACCUGCGGGUCCUCCGAUCUGGUGGACCUGAUGGGCGGCGCCGUCCCGCCCGGCGCCUCCGCCACCGGCGCCAGGCCCCAGCCCCUCCUCAGCUUCGACGACGUGAUGGACGGGACCUUCUGCUCGGCCCCCGUCGCCGAGGACGACCCCGCCAGCCUCGUGGACGUGACGGGCCCCGACCAGAUGACCCUCAGCUACCAGCAUGCACUGCAGCAUGCGUCCGUGGAGGGGAAGGAGCUGGAUGAUGUCCAGCUGCUGUUGACCAACGGCGAGACGCUGCUGAAAGAAGGCACUCAGGCCAGUGAGGGCUAUUUCAGCCAAUCACAGGAGGAAGAAUUUGGACAACCAGAAGAGUCCUCGGCUAAACCUGCACCGGUCUUUUAUAACAAGCCACCAGAGAUUGACAUUACGUGCUGGGACACGGACCCCGUGGUCGACGAUGACGAUGACUGACCGGCCAAUCACAAACCACCACCGGACCAAGAGGAAGUAGGAAGUGCGCUUCAUGAAGAAACUGAUUUUUUUUUUUUUUUUUAAACAAUACACCAACAAACAAACAAAAAAACUAAUAAUAAUAAUAACAAAUCUUGCAUCAAAAGUACUUCUGUAUUAUCUUUUAGAGGGAAACUAAACCGUAGCCACAGAGAAGACGUUGACGGUGGUUUGAAGGCUCAGUUAUGGGUCGUUCUGUGUGUUUAUUUUAUUUAUUUGUUUGUUUUUUUUCUUAUUAUUUUGCUAUGCAGAUGUAAUAGCCGGGAGCUGUGGGAGGGACCUUUGUUUGUAAAUGAUUUAUUAUACAUUAACGUAGCGCACUGCUGCAUAUUAGACACAUGAAGCCCAAUGUGUGGCAGGCAGCCGACACACUUAGUUUGUAGUGCUUUAAUAACACCCUAUAAAACUAAUACAGUGGAUUAUUACAGCUGCCAUGUAUAUCUCCUCACUGUUUCUUUUCUUACCUUUUAUUUCCCCCCCCACCUUCCUUCUGCCUUCCUCCCAAAAUAUCCAGAAAUAUUCACCUCUGCAAGUCACUUAAUCUUGGAUUUAGCCCUUACUUUAUUGUAAUAAAAAGGUGAAACAUUUAAUUUAUUCUGGUGUAUUUGAACGGUUGAUGGGAUCCUGAAGAAAUCAUAUGCAUUCUCAAGAGGAAAUUCCUGAAAACGGGUCAAAGUGUGACUCGUUUUUAACCUUUUUCGCUCCUUUUUUGUAUGAUUUUAAGACUGAAUUCAAGAUUAAACGGCUCGUAAAUCUG